AUGGUAUACAUAACGCCACAACAAGAACAAAGAUCCAAUCCCACUCCCCAAUCUAGCCAUAGCCUUAUCUUUUCGCCAAUCAGAGCCCCUUUAAUGCAAACUCCGUCUUCGUUGGAUUACCAAUCACCUUCUAUCGUUGUGUCAUCACCUUCAAUGAAGGUGCACGAUCGCUCUUCCAGUUUCGGUAAGUUUUCGCUAUCGAUUGGUCAAAAUGGCAAGGCUGCGAUUCUAGGGCCUAUAAACAUUCUACCCACUGAGGCACCGAAAACAGAGAAAUUGGUGUCAAAGAAGAAGCCCAAUACUUCUGAACGUGUCGAAAAGACUCGUAUAUUAUCCUUGUUGAAAAAAAUGAGAAAUAAGAGCAGUACUGUUAAUAAGAAAUACAGCAAAGUACCACUCAACCCUACAAUAAGUUUACACCCAGAAGCCACUGCAUCUUCACCAAUAGCUUCCAACACUGUAAAGCUAUCUCCUGCUAAGUUAGCUUCUCCAAGAACUCCGAAUGCUAACUCAAAUUUAAAUCUGAACUUUACCUCAUUCCAGAUCAAAACAGGGUUCACUCCUAAUAUCGAUGGAAUUCUACUUGAAAACUUUCCAUCUCCAAACGUAACUACCGAUGCACAGAAUAACCCUUCUAGUAACAUCCUAGGCAACAGCCAUGGUGGUGCCAACAACACCAAUCAAUUUCUUUUCAAUUUACCACUUCAGUCAUCACCAAGGCAAUUCAAAUCUCCUGCAAGAUUAAUAGAUCCUCUUCCCAUAUCGGAUUGGAAUACCAGUCUCUUAAUGUCACCACCAAGAACAACCAAUUUUGAAUCUACGAACAAUCACUUCAAUGCAAAUUUCGCUCAAGCAUCGAUGCUAAGGCGCCCUUCGCUACCUCACAUAGACGAAGUGAUUACGCAGGACUCUAACCCAAUAAACUAUUCAAAUAGAUCCGAAUAUCUAUCUGUGGAUCAAAGUGCCAAUAAUCGUAGUGGCGUACUUUCAGAGCAAUCAUAUAGUAACAUCAUGAAAGCUUCGAUGAUUUCGUCACCUAUUGAGAAAGAUGACGCUACGAUGGCUCUACGGAAACUCGUCACCCGAGAGUAA